GAAAACGCUGAGGUGGCGCCUGAGGAGCUGCGGUGCGGAAGGCGCGCCCCGGCGCAGCGGCCGCCCCAACGUCCUCGGAGUCUCUAGAAGCUGAAAUCUACCACCAUCUUUCAAAAUGCAAUGGAACCUACUAUGGACUAUUUCUCGGCUGGCCCACAGAACAUACUGGGACCCACAGAAAGCUGGUCUCUUUGGACACUACCAGAAUGUAAAGGGAGCAUUGCUUUUGUAUAGUGCCGAGUCCAAAGUGUUUGGGGUACACUACUCUCAAGAGCACUGGCUGCACCUGUCUACUGCCCAGUGCCUUGCAAAGGAACAGAAGCCAUUGGAUGCUCAGCCUCCGUGGCCAAGGAUCCUUCACCACAAAGGAUGGGAACAGGAUGCUUCAUCCAAGAGGGCUUUAUCGUCUACGGCCACACCCCAAGGAACUCCUUCUGAAAAAAAGGAAGAGACUGAUCCUUUACAAGACAAAUCUAUUAGCCUUUAUCAGCGAUUUAAGAAAACUUUUAGACAAUAUGGGAAAGUUUUGAUUCCUGUGCAUCUAGUAACUUCCGGUAUUUGGUUUGGGACAUUUUACUAUGCAGCCAUAAAAGGUGUGAAUGUCAUCCCUUUCCUAGAGCUCCUUGGGUUACCUGACAGUGUAGUAGACAUCCUGAAAAACUCCCAGAGUGGAAAUGCCCUGACGGCAUACGCCAUGUUUAAGAUUGCAACACCUGCCCGCUACACUGUGACCUUGGGAGGAACGUCCUUUACCGUCAAGUAUUUGAGAAGCCGUGGCUGUAUGUCGACCCCGCCGCCUGUCAAGGAGUAUUUGCAGGACAGGAUGGAAGAGACCAAGGAGCUCAUCACCGAGAAAAUGGAAGAGACAAAGGAUAGACUCACUGGGAAAUUACAAGAAACCAAAUAAAAAGUUUCUCUUAAGAAAAAAGUGUAACAGUGUGCCCUAUUUAACAAGCUAUAGAAAUCCCCUGCACUUUAACCCUCUAGAGUCUUUGGACAAAGACACAUUCUCAUUACUUUUUUGGUUAGUUGACUAGUAUAUCAGUUCUCUAGGGGUUAAUGAAAUAAGAUAACCCUUUUAAAAGUUAAAUCACCAGAAAAAUUGUGGGAUUUUUUGUUUUGAUUUUUAA